AGAGCAGCUGGCUGGCAUCAGGACAGGACAGGCCGCUCACAGGAAGGAUACCUGGAGGACACCGGCGCCCGCCAGCUGCUCGUCGGACACCGAGGGCGACUUCCAAGAGGUGUUCAUGGGAUGCACUAUCUACGCGGCCAGCCCUAAGGCUCUGCCUGCCGACGAGGCCCGGGGCCAGGACAGAUACUACCAGCUCCCCCACUACAGCCAUCCUUAUGGUAACUGCAGUCAGAGGAUAGCAGCCUGCAGAGCCAGGGCCAGGAGCAUGACCGAGCAGCAGGAGCAGGGCGAAGUAACAGGCCUCCUCUCCACACACGACCUGGACCCCUCCAAAGACGACGACGCACACGGCCACUUCAGGUUUCAGCUGAUUGAAGACCUUUCCUAUGAAGAUGUGAAGAAAUGCUACAGGGGAUCGUGUGUGUCUUGCAGCGGUUUGCUCCAGGCCUUGGAUGUGCGAGAGUGUGUGUGUGAGUACGGUGCCAACGUGCUGAGCCUGGUGCAGAGCUCUCGUCCUCUGUGGGAGAGGGUGGUAUCUGCGCCGAGCGGAGCCGGAGGCGGCGGCGGCGGCGGUGAAGGUGGAGGGGUCGGCGGCGCUGGAGCUGUGCGGGCAGGCCGGUCCGCCAAGGAGCUGCUCAUGACUCUGCCCUGUCCCUCUGCACAGACUGUCAGCAAGUACAACUCGCAGUACCACAAACUGUUCCCAUGCGUGCCCAAGGAUGAGAUCCUCAUGAAAGUGUACUCCUGUGCUCUUCUUAGAGACAUCCUCCUGCAGGGCCGCCUCUACAUCUCCAGAAACUGGCUGUGUUUCUAUGCCAACCUCUUCGGCAAGGACAUCAAGGUGGCCAUCCCUGUCGUUACUGUGCGACUUGUGAAGAAGCAUAAGACGGCCGGCCUGGUGCCCAACGGCUUGGCCAUCACAACGGACACCAACCAGAAGUAUGUUUUUGUCUCCCUGCUAUCAAGAGACAGUGUGUAUGAUGUCCUCCGCAGGAUCUGCACACACUUACAGGUCAACGGGAAGAGCCUGAGCUUAAAGCAGUUCAUGGAAGAGCCGGCCUUAUCGCUGGAUGAGUUCCCGGCUCCGGAUGAGUUCCCAGUGGUGGACGAGUUCCCGUCGGUGUUAAAAUGGAGACGGAAACCGUCUGUGGUGUCCGUGUCCUCGUCUCUUCCCGACCUGCUGGGCAGCUCCACCAGCGGCCUGGGAGCAGCAGACACACCCUUCAAGACGGAGCCGCCACUGGAAGAGAGAGGGCUGCAGACAGACAGAGGUUUUUUAUCAGAGCCGGUGGCAGAGUUGGGUCAGAUGGAGUACCAGCUGCUCAAGUUCUUCACCCUGCUAAUAAUCCUCCUCAUCCUCUCGUCGUGCUAUCUGGCCUUUCGUGUGUGCAGUCUGGAGCAGCAGCUCUCCUUCCUCAGUAACCCAAAUCUGCCCCUCAGAGAGAGGUAACCUCUGCCCACCACUUUAAACCCUCUCUCUACACGCUUGGAGCCAAUGAUGCCCCAUCCCACCACCCCAGCACAGAUCCAGGAUCAGAACAAACCCUCCAAGCCCCGCCCCCCCCGGCUGCAUCAUCAAGGUUCCAGGCAUCUAUAAGGUCCAGGAUGACCACCCAACCCAAGAUCACUUCCAGACUAUGCAAACAGACUGUAUAUUUAUUUUUAAAUAGAAAGUAGAUUUUGUUAUAGAUUGUUGGCAGUUCAUAUCACAGAUGUGCUUCAGUGUGAAAAGUGAGGGGGGAAAUGCUGCUGAAUCCUCACUACUCUGUUGUGCAGACGGAUGAUAAAGAGUUGAUGUUUGAGGAUGAAAUAUUGAGAUGUAAGUAAGAAGGAAAUGUUUGUCUUUUUUGAUGGCUGCCGGCGUGAGUGAGCCGUUUGUUUAUAUCGAACAUAUUUUUGACUAAUUGAGCAAACUAGUUUAAUUUUAGAGGGAACGUUACAACUAGCAAUAAUGUUGCACUUUUUCUUGUAAAGAUGAAGUCUGAAUCGUUUCAGCCACAUAAAGUGUUUUUUGCUUCAGUAAAAGGUACUCGGUUGUCAUCUUAAAGGUAUCCACAGAAGAAGGUCAUGUGAGCACAGAGAUUUCACUUGUUUCCAGUGAAACAGAGCAAUAAUAGCUUUAAAAAGAGAGUGGAGUGAUUAGAGGAAAUUUUAUGUCUUUCAUCACAUUUAUGAAUAUCUGUGUAAAAAAAAAAAGUUGCUUGGAUUCUUUUACUCAAACAUUUCAAAUGAAGAUGCUAGUCUUUAAGACUCAGAGUGUUUGUAUUAUGAUGUUUGUCUGAGGAUAUUUGAUGGAUUUUCUAUGGAUGAUGAUGUAUUUCUGGACGCUUUUAAAUUAAACCUGCAACUAUGUUAAAAUGA